AUGCACGGGCCAUAUGUGGUGCUUUCUCCCAUUGCCAAGUCUCAUCCUUUUGAAGAACGACGGGUGCACGUUGGACCUGAUGAGGAUCCUUUGAAAAUUGGUAGAGCAGUGGCUAGGCUGAAGGCAGCAAAAGAUAAUGCGAUAUUCGACUGCAAGGUAUUAUCACGAAAUCAUGCGGUGCUCUCGUAUCGCAAUGGAGGCUUUUUUCUUCGAGACACGAAGAGCAGCAAUGGCACAUUUGUAAAUAAUGAAAGAUUAGCGGUGACAGGCGAAGAGUCCGAGGCUAGGCAGAUUUUCACCGGUGACAUCAUCCAAUUCGGCGUGGAAAUCGUUGAGAAUACCAACAAAGGCAUGUUUAUGAAACUUCGGUUGUUCGCAAGUCCUGAGGUCCGUUCGCGGUUUUUUCACGUAGCACAUGGAUGUAUAUAUGCGAUGGUUCAACUGUUUGAUGCUUCUGGACAGAUGAUCGAAGCAGGAGGAACUCUGAGCAGUGGUGAACUGAAUGGCACAAUGCCGAAUUGUGAACCGUCCCUGGUCAACAAUCAUCAAUUGUUUCAAAUGCAGCAGUACUUAUCAGAAGCACUUUAUAGGGAAGAAGCUCGUCAACAAAAGCUAGAGGCUUUGGAAAAG